AUGGCAACACGGUCAUUGGUCAAGGUCUACCUUCCCAAUGAGACGUUCAAGACGCUGCCGAUCAAGUCGACGACGUCUGCCGCCGAGCUCGUGCGACUGCUUGCGUGGAAGUGCUCACUGACGGAAGCACAUGCCAGUGAUUAUGGACUGUUUGUUCGGGAUGCCGCCACAAAGGCUCUCUGUCGACGCAUCAACCAUGAGGAGCUCGUCAUGGAUGUCACCAAGCAUUGGCAGAGAGAUGGGCCGGAAGAGCUGUUCUUUGCCCCAGCCGCUGCUGCUGAUGCGGAUGCUGCUGUCUCGCUCGAUGCCGACUAUGCUUCCGUGGGCUCGGCAGGCCCGUCCUCGCUGGCUUCGGCUGCUUUCAUGUCUGCUUCUAUGGUCAUGGGCGUCAAAGUCCUCGCCGGCCGCGAGCUGGCAAAGAUGGACUUUUUUGGCGCAUCGGACCCGUACUGCAUCCUCUCUACAGGCUUUGAGCGAGUCAAGACCCGAGUGUGCAAGAAGACCCUCGAUCCGGUGUGGAACGAGACGUUUCUCUUCUCAGUCGAGGCCUCGUCCGUCCUCUCGUUGCGCAUGUACGACAAAGAUCGCGGCCGCAAGGACGACUUUAUGGGCCGCGUCAACGUCCCGGUCCGCGACGUCAUGCUCGCCAUCUCCUCGCUCGAGGCCGGCGUCACCCCGGCCUGGGACGCUUGGUUCAACCUCGAGCACGACCCUACAGAUACCUCCACACCCGCCGCCCGUAUCCGUGGCGCCGUCCACCUCCAGUUUUGCUUUGUCGACCUCGAGGCGCUCGACGGUAUUGGCGCCGCGUCGAUGGCUUCGACCAGCGCCUCGUCGUCCGCCGCCGCCUCGCGUGCCGACCCAAGCCUUGCCGCCCUUGCGCUCGGUACCACCUCGGGCAAGGUCUCGGCCCUCAUGGCUGCACCCGACGCCGCCCACUCGGCCGCGCUCCUCGCCAAUCCGAUUAUUGCCGAGGAGCGCGCCGCCGAGCGCGCCGCAGCCGCCUCGUCGCCGCCGGCCGGCGACGUCUCCGACACCCCUCUUCCGCCGGGCUGGGUCCGCCGCAUUCAUGUCACAACUGGUGAAGUCUACUACAUCCAUGAGGACUCGCGCACUUUCCAAUGGCUCCAUCCGGCCGAGACUGUUCUGGCCGACGCCGGCGACGCCUUGCCUGCCGGCUGGGAGCUGGCCAGCUCUGCCGAUGGCCACCCAUUCUAUGUCAACACUGUGAGCCGCGAGAGUCAGUUUGAGCGGCCGACUGCGCCGGCGCUGGGCGUGUCGGUGCCGCCGACUCGCACCGGACCUUUGUCGUCAUCAACAUCGUCGUCGUCGUCUUCCUCCUCCUCGACGUCUGACUCGGACUCGGACUCUGACUCGGACUCGGACUCGGACUCGAACGCCAACUAUGCCACCCCGCCCGCAACACCUGUUGCUGGCGCGAGUCUGCGUAUCCCACCAGUCAGCGUCGACGGCGCCGACGUGACGUCCGAGGCCGACGGUGGGUCGUGGUCCGACGGCGGUGGCGACGACGACGGCAACGACAUCGAAGUCCGCGCGAUGGCUUCCGACGAAGGUGACGUCGGCGAGAGUGCCGCCGCCAGUGGCCCAGCCCAGUUGGUGGUUCCGGGACGCGGCGAGCCGCGUGAGCACUCGCAGCUGGGCGUGUCCACGCCGGUGCCGGUCCGACAGGAGGCCGGGCGGCUGGUGCUGGACGUGUCGCAUGUGGUCGAGUCCAUGACGUCGUCGAUUGACUCGACGCCGCCGAUGCUCAACAUUCGCGAACGGGCAUUGAUGGAGAUGCUCGAAGCGCGGCUGAACUUGCGAGCUGCCGAGGCCGAUGUUGAGGCUGAGCUGCCGCCGGGCUGGGGCCGCCGGGUCGACGGCUCGGGCCGUGCGUACUACAUCAACCACACAACUCGGGCCACAACUUGGACUCGCCCCGUUCUGCCAGCCGAUGCUGACGGCGAGACUCGGGAGACAGAGCGUGAGCGCCGGAGGGCGCAGUUCCUCUCGCGCCGGCUGGCAGUUCCGACCGCACAUCCGGCGCUCGACCCGGCCGACUCAUUCUCGUUUGAUGGGCCUAUCACUGACCUCGCUGCCGCUGUCGACGGCGACGGCUCUGCAGCGACCGAUGACACUAGCGCGGCUGGCGACGACGGUGACGGCGACGGAGCGGCGUCUGCGGAUGGUGCGAGCACACGAGGCGAUGCCGACUCGAGUGGCCCGCCGCAUGGGCUCUACCUCUCGAUGCCCGAGUCGGGAGGCGGGUCGUUGGCCGGCGGGGCGGCCGGCGGAGCUCUGUCGACAUCGUCGCUGCCGACGCCGUCGGCUCAGGGCCGGCCACUGCCGGCAGGUUGGGAGCAAGCGUCAACCGCCGACGGGCGUAUCUUCUUUAUUGACCACAACACACGGACAACGACGUGGGAAGACCCACGAGGGCUGGCUGACGACGGCUCGGGACCUGCGUUCCCGGCUAUCGAGGCCGAUGACGAUCCGGCACAGAGCGAGCGCGACGAGGUCGACGCCAUCAUGCAGGGCGGCGCCGAAGCCAUGGCGUGCCUCGACGACUUUCUGCCGGCCGGCGAGUGGGAGGUUGGCCAGACUGCCGAAGGCCGGCGAUUCUACAUCAACCACGCGGGGCGCACGACGCACUGGACGCUUCCGCGCGAAGUGGUGCGCGCGGCAGUGGCAGCAAGGCGUGCGCAGCGAAGCGGCGCCGCAGACGACGAUGGGAGAGCGGGCAGCAGCGGCGGCUCAUCGCGGUUCGAGCGGGUUGAGGCGCCUGCGCUGCCGGGCUACCGCGCGCAGCGGCCGCUGCCGGCUGGGUGGGAGGCGCGUCGGACACCCGAGGGUGUGGUCUUUUUCAUCGACCACAACACGCGGACAACGACUUGGGACGAUCCGCGUGUGGCGUCGGGAUCCAAGUCGAAGAAGCCGACGCCGCGGUACGCGCGCGACUUUGCACGCAAGGUCGACACGUUCCGGGCGCAGCUGCGGUCGACGUCGGGCGAGGUGAUGAUCAAGGUCCGGCGUGGGCACCUGUUCGAGGACUCGUUCGUGGAGGUGAUGAAGAAGCCGGCUUCGCAACUGACCAAGAGGUUCCGGGUCACGUACGACGGCGAGGCCGGGCUCGACUACGGUGGGCUCUCGCGCGAGUACUUUGUGGACUUGUCUGUGGACAUGUUCAACCCGUACUACGGACUGUUUGAAUACUCGGCGAACGAUGCGUACACGCUGCAAAUCAACAAGAACUCGGCAGUGGUGGUGGGCAACCACCUCGAGUACUACACGUUUGUGGGGCGGAUGAUUGCGCUCGCCAUCCUUAACUCGAAGCUCAUGGACGCGUUCUUCACGCGGGCGUUCUACAAGCACCUUCUGCAGCGGCCGAUCACGCUGCAGGACAUGCAGGCGUACGAUCCCGAGUUCUAUCAGUCGCUCAAGUGGAUGUCCGAGAACGAGAUCGAGUACAUCCUGUACGAGACGUUCUCAGUGGAAAUGGACAACUUUGGUGCCAAGGAGGUCGUCGACCUCAUCCCCAACGGACGCAACAUCGACGUGACCGACGAGAACAAGGCCGAGUACAUCCGCCUCGUUACCCACUGGAAACUCUCUGGCUGCGUCGACGAGCAGAUGACCGCCCUUCGCGAAGGCAUCUCGCACGUCUUUGACCCGUCACUCCUCCAGGUCUUUGACGAGAACGAGGUCGAGUUCCUCAUCUCAGGCCUCUGCGAGCUCGACGUCGGCGACUGGCGGCGCAACACCGACUACCGCUCGCCGUACUCGGCCGACCACCAGGUCAUCCAGUGGUUCUGGCAAGCCGUGUACUCGUUCGAUAACGAGCAGCGGGCACGCCUGCUCCAGUUUGCCACCGGCACCACCAAAGUCCCGCUCGGUGGCUUUGGCGAGAUGUACGGCUCAAACGGCAAGGCCAAGUUCACCAUCGACCACAAGCGUGGGCCGACCGACGCUCUCCCCAUCGGCCACACCUGCUUCCUUCGCAUUGACCUCCCGCAGUACCGCUCCUACGACCAGCUCCGCGAAAAGGUUCUCUACGCCAUCGAGGAGGGCCAAGGCGCGUUCCUCCUCCAAUAGAAGCCGAAACGUUUCAAUUGUGCCAUGAGAGAAUAACAUACAAGGGUCACAACCA